CUAACUGCCUUUCGAAUGUUCCGCCGCCAUCUUGCGGUGCCACAUCGAACUACAUCCGACCCGGACUUGGAGGCGGAUACGACUUUGAACCGUUAUAGUGGACGCACAUUAAUGAAGAUGCCAGAUGCACAGACGCAUCGGUCAUGUUUCUUGCUUUUGGCAUUAGUUUUCCGUCUCGGGACAGCGGCAGAGGUCUCCGUAUGGAACGUGGAGAUCAACUCGACACAGGAUGCUGUGUUUCGAAAGACGCUGUACGCCAACACCACCAUCUUCAUAAAGUUCCAGGGUGACACGUGUGAUAAAAACCUGGCCUUCAACAUCAGCUGGUACCUGCGCUCCUCUGUCUGCUACAACGAGGUCUUCAACACACCGGACAACAAAGCGAUGAACAUGUUUGAUAUGGAUCACAUGUUGAAAGACCACUGGAGCGGCUUCUACAGUCAUGGCUACAUGUACUUCGAAAACUGCUCCUCGCUCUUCUUACCGAAGGUGUAUUACGCAGACUUUAACCCAUAUCAGCCGCUCACCAGCCCGAAGAGCGACCCGUCCAACCAGAGCCUGAUCUGGCCCGACAAGCCGGAUGUCAGUGCGGUGGCCAAAGCGUGGGAGGACAGUCCGUAUCUGUUCAUCGUGAAGGUGCAGCCCGUGUUACGUGGAGUGGAGGACGAAGACAUCGGGGCGGAGCCGCUCAACUUUGCUUUCACAAUGAAAGUGGAGAUGAAGGGACCUCACGACUACUCUUCUCCAGCAGACUGGCCCCUGAUGAUGUUCUUCAUGAUCAUGUGCAUUGUGUACGUGCUGUUCGGGGCCCUCUGGCUCUUCUGGUGCGCCUGCUACUGGAGGGAUCUGCUGCGGAUACAGUUCUGGAUCGGCGCCGUCAUCAUCCUCGGGAUGCUGGAAAAAGCUGUGUUUUACUCCGAAUACCAGAGCAUCCGCUACAAAGGAGACUACGUUCAAGGGGCGGUGAUCUUUGCGGAGCUGCUCUCUGCACUCAAACGAUCUCUCGCCCGGAUCCUGGUCCUCAUCGUCAGUCUUGGCUACGGCAUAGUCAAGCCCCGGCUGGGGACCACAGUGCACCGGCUGGUCGCUGUCGGGCUUCUCUACCUGCACUUCUCCUCUGUGGAAGGUGUUCUCAGAGUGACCGGUGGUUUCUACGGGACGGUCGCCCUGGUGGCUAAUCUCAGCCUCUCCCUCAUCGACUCCUGCGUCAUGUGGUGGAUUUUCAUCAGUCUGUCUCAGACCAUCCGUCUCCUGCAGCUCCGCAGGAACAUAGUGAAGCUGGCUCUGUAUCAGCACUUCACAAACACUCUCAUCUUCUCUGUUGUCGCUUCCAUCAUAUUCAUCAUCUGGACCACCAAAGUCUUCAAGCUGGUAGACUGCCAGACGGGUUGGAGGGACUUGUGGGUGGACGACGCUUUCUGGCGUCUCCUGUUCUCCGCCAUUCUGCUGGUGAUCAUGGUGCUGCUGCGGCCCUCCGCCAACAGCCAGAGGUUCUCUCAUUCUCCUCUGAUUGAUGAAGAUGAUGAUGAGGAAGAGGCCAAGGAGCCCAUGCUGAGUGAAGCUUUUGAGGGAAUGAAGAUGAGAGGCUCAAAGCCCGACUCCAAUGGCUCCCAGAAGCUGUUGAGUAAAGAGGAUGAAGACUUGAAAUGGGUUGAGGAGAACAUUCCUACAACUAUUGUUGACGUAGCUCUCCCUGUGAUGCUCGAUGAAGAAGAGGAAAUCCUGAAAACCAAGAUGGAGAGAUCCAAAAUGGAGUAGAAGUCAAUGCGAUAAAGAUGAUGUGAGAAUGAAAAGAAAGCGAUUUCACUGAGGCAGCGAUGAAUGCAUCUCAGUGAUCUGAUUACCAAAAAAUGUGGGCAAAGCCAACCUUUCUCUCCAGGAACUGCGUUGUAAUUUUAAUUUCACAGGUAUUGUGUAACAUUGUAAUAAGCUCAAAGAUGUGUGUUUAUAUGAAGUACUGUUCUGUGCAGCCAGCAGACGGACGGGUUGGCUUUUAAUGUCAGGAUCUGCAUCGGGGGAGGCGUGCAGCUGACGCACUUACACAGCAGAGCACUUUGAUAAAUGUUUUAUUUGUUUUAAAGAUGUUUUUUUAAUGUCGCACUCUCGGCUAAAAUCAGGCGGAAUCUGAGUCGGUAUCUGUUUCACACGAUGUCCUUUUGUUGUUUUAGACUAAUACAGUAUUUAACACUUCAGAUAAGUUUCCCACCCUGCAGAAGUGACCACCAGCCUCUGAUUGGUCACAUUUGUAGGACGGUGAGGUUUGAUUUUAGAUUCUCAGCAAAUGAAUCAGAUGAUUGUACAAACAGAAGAAACACGUGCUGAGAACACCAAGUUAUUGUGCAUAACAAGGUUAUAUUCAGACACUUGAACUCAAGCUUCUCUUCAUAAAUGUGCGGUGACACACUGGAAGUGUAAAACAAAUGUUGUUAUCAGCAGGUGUUUCAUUGCGUUACAUGCGUAUGGUAUGAUUUACCAUUUAGCCAGAUCACUACAGACGAUGCUUUUACCUAAUCUGAAGAAAUGUUCUGCUCAUUUCAGCCGCUCCAACGUACGUUUGUCUCAUCGUUAACACAUGACUAACACUUUGUUGUCUGGCUAACUGAGUAAUCCUAAAUAUAGAAAUAAUGAACUUACUGUUACUCUAUGUACUUUAAACACGGCUGCGUCAGUGAAUAUUGACACUUGAAGCGUCAUUUGUGUUAAAUAGAAAGCACUGUUUUCCGGGCUGGGGGAAUCAUCAGAAGUGUUCACCUUGUGCGCCGAGCGUUCCUCUUCUCUGAGAUCUUAACACCCGACAGUCCCAAGCAACUGAACAUACGACUAAUGAAGGUGAUUUCCAAGCUUUUACUGGCGAAUGAAAGACUUCUUGAUCCUCAGUGAGUGGAGGAAAUGUUCCAGACCCGUUGCAAGGAAAAGUAGUCAUGAGUCUAAAAUUAAGGAUGUUUAUUUUUUAUCUCUUUAAAAAGUAACAUUUUGUAGCUUCUCACUUAAUUGCAGUGAUUUGUGUCCACUUGUCAGCAAAGUAAAACUUUCUUUUAGCUACUGAAUUACAGAAUCAAAUGAUUUACUGUAUGUACGUAAUUGUUUCUCACUAACUGGGCCAGAGUUUUGUUAAGGUCUUCACUUUAAUUCAGUCGUUUAAAAACACAAAAUCUCUACAUGUUAAAUUAUUAACUUUCAUUUCACUGCAAUUUUAUUCCAUUCAUGCUAAAAAUAAUCUUGCCUUGUGUGGCAGUUAUAUUCCCUGUCCUUGUUCAAUCUACUGCAUUACGUGUGGAUAUUCUAAAUUCCUUAAUUUAUGUUUUUUUUAAUAUAUUCGUCCAAGUCUUGUUGAGGAUAUUUUAUUUUACAAAGACACUAAAGCCCAAUUUCUGGAUGUGAGUCUGCAUAGUAUUGUAAAGCUGACGAUAUUGUAUGGCUUUUUGUAUGGAUUGUGUGUCCUGCAAAUAAAAUUUGUAUUGAAACACAA